UCUUUGAUCUCUCUUAGAUUUUCUUUCCUUUGUUUUUUUUUUCAUUGCUUUUCUUAAUUUAAGCCAUUUUCUAGAUUCCACCACUCGGUAAUACAAAAAAAACAAAAACGCUUCUUCUCUCUCUCUCUCUCUGUGUGUGUGUGAAGUAAAAGCUGUUUCUGUUCAACUUUCUUCUCUUCAUUAAUAUCUUGUGAUGGUCAGACUGGUGGCUUUGGUUGUGGUGUGGCUGUGGUAGUGAUUCUUUAGACGCAGAAAGAAAAGAUGGGUUCUUGCGCUUCUGUCCAUCACAAGAGCACCCAAGAAUCCGCCAUUAAACUAGGAGUGUCGUUUGGGUCUAAAAGGGACAAUCUUGUGAUUCCAGAAUCACCCUUCAAGGAUAAACACGUCAAUGGUGACCCUCCAAUCAAGACUCUUGACGACUAUGGCAGCAAAGAUGAGACCUUUUUUGAUUCCCAACCCUGGUUAGAAUCAGAUUGCGAAGAUGAUUUCUUCAGUGUCAAUGGUGAAUUUACCCCAUCCCGUGGCAGUACUCCAAUUCAUCAUAACUUUUUCAUGGGGACCCCCAAAAUCAACAAAACCCCUCUGGAAGACAGGCCUCCUGGUUCUAUACCUGAACCAUCCCCGACAGGUAAGAAGAAGAGAUUAUCUGAACUGUUCAAAGAGAGUCUGCAAGAAGAAUCAGUAGCUGAUGACCUACAUAACUCUGAGAAGCGGGAUACUCCCGCUGUGAAGAAAGAAGUCAAGCCAACCAUUCUUGAUGUUCUUCCCAAAUCUCCUUCUAGCACACCUUAUAUCUCUGGAGCUAACAGUGUCUGCAGCAGUGAAAGGACUGCUAAUGGAGACGGCUUACUUGAGAGGGAGAAAUCAAUAAAAUCUGCACAAUGUUGCCUCCCGAGCUUGAUUUCUUGCCGUAGUUUUGGUGAGAGGAAGAAGAAGACGAGUCCAGCUCGAGCUUUAGCUGUAAAUGAUAAAGCCUAAGUUUUGCUAUCAUCAAUGCAAUGUAAAUGGAAAAUGGUAGGAUCUCAAUCCCUUGAGGUCAGAAGUUAUAUGCACCCAACCUCGCUGCGAUCAGAUUGUGUAACUACAAGGGAACUUUGCUUAUUAUGGGCAUAUAUAAAGCAACAAAGGCAGAGAAUAUGUAAAAUGUCAAACUCCAUGAACUGAAUCUGUAUCUCGAGGCGAAGUUACCUUAAGUAGAUUUUAUUUAGUUCUAGAGGGAAAUUGAUUCCAGUAGAUAAUUUCCUGCAAUAAGAGAAGAUCAUAACUUGCCAUUGUAAUGAUACCUGUAUUUAUAGAGAAAAUUUUUCUUAA